GAGGAGAAGAAGGAGCAUCUGGACUUGAACAGGACCUGAACUAUCUUCCUAAUUCCAGCCUUCUGGUCCAAACCCCAGCUCAGAAGACUCCACAAUGAGGACUGCAGUGAUUUGCUUCUGCUUACUUGGCAUUGUCUCCGCAUUGCCUGUGAAACAUCAGAUCAAUUCUGGUAGUUCAGAAGAAAAGCUGCUUUAUAACAAACAUCCAAACCUUGUGGCAACAUGGCUGAAUGCUGAUCCUUCCCAGAAGCAAACAUUAUUGGCCACACAGAAUUCAGUGUCCUCUGAAGAAAGUACAGAAGAUUUGCAACAGACACUCCCAAGUAACUCUAAUGAAAGCCCAGAUGAUACUGAUGAUGUAGAUGAUGAUGAUGAUGAUGGGCAUAAAAGCACUGAUUCUGAUGAUUCCGAUGAAUCUGAUGAAGUAGUUACUGAUUUUCCUACUGAUAUCCCAACAACAUCAAGUUUUCUACCUGAUGGACCAACAAGAGGUGAUAAUAGUGGAAGAGGAGAUAGUGUGGCCUAUGGACUGAGGUCAAAAUUGGGAGCACAUGACAUAUCAUCAGUAGAGACUCAUGAAGUCACAGAAGAGGAUCUUACAUCCCAAAUGGAAAGCUAUGAAUCUGAAAAGGCACACAAGGCAUUCCCUCUCUCACAAAACCUACCUAAGGUUUCAGCCUGGGGCAGUAAUGGUAAAGAGAGUAAUGAAGCCAGCCACCCAGAUGAAUAUAGUGUGGAAACCUACAGUCAUGAGCAAUUUAAAAGCUACCAACUUGAAGAGAGUAACCCUGACAGUGAGCAAGGUGACUCACAUGACAGUCAGGAAAAUGACAAAGUCAGCCAAGAAUUUCGCAAACAAGAAGUCAAUAAGCUCAGUCAAGAAUCUCAGAGCCAAGAAAGCCACCCAGUCAAUGACCCUGAGAGUGUGGAAAAUACGAAAUAUCUGAAGUUGCAUUCUUUUCCUGAAGCUGAUAGUGCAUCUUAUGAAGCCCAUUAAUAGGGGGGAAGAGGAGGAAAAUCUCAACUGUGCUUCUAGAAAGGACAGAAAAAUUAAAGAAUCAAAGUAUGACUGGGGCAGUGGGAAGUGAAUAGCCAAUACUUAUUCCUAAGUUUUCUGGGUAAAUCUGUUUGUAUGUGCAUUUGGAAACAUAAGGAGCUUGAUCUCUAGCUGUAGUUCAGUGGUAACAACAAUGUAAAUGAAAGUUUUCAGUUUUCCUUUCCAUUUCUUAGCUGAAAAGAAUAUCAGUGUUUAUUUUUCUGUUUUGAAGAGAAUAUAUAAAGGCAGGAGUUAUUUUAUGCAUAUAUCAAUGAAACAUCACCUUUAUGAUACUGUAUAUUUUUUAAAUCAAUGUAUAUUUUGUUGUGAUUUUAUUUUAAAUAAAAUGUGAGAAAAAAAU